AUGUCACUGUCGAGACCCUCAAAGACGCUUAUUUCCAAAUAUACUAGAGCUAUGGGCACAUGGAGCGUGUCUGAUGUUAUUGUUGACAGAAAAUCCAAGUUUCAAGGUAGAUGUUGUAGUUUAAAAGGUCAAGAUGAAAUACCCGGAAUUCUUGAAGAUUUGGUAAAUACUAACAAGUCCGUCAGCAAAGCUUCCCAUCCGUGUAUGUACGCUUGGAGAACUGGUACAGAGACUGUAGUUGAGGUUCCAGGCGUCAAAAGAGGGAAAAAAGUGUCCAAGACAGAAAGUCGGGUCCAAAAUUUAGAGCAGGGUUGUGAAGAUUGCGGAGAGGCCGGAGCUGGUCAGAGAUUACUUACUCUUCUGGAUCACAGUGGUGUAACAAACGUUCUUAUAGUGGUCUCCAGGUGGUACGGCGGAACUCCUCUAGGUAGCGCGCGAUUUCGACAUAUAACCACCGCAGCUGUUGAAAGUUUGAAGAAAGCUGGUUUCGUAUCGUAG